AAAUUGAACGAUUUCAAAUACAUUGCAAAUCAAAUUGUGAGAUUUGUAGCGUUCUAAUUCUUAUAUGAAAUUAUAUCGUGGUAACAUCCAGAUUGCUUUCAUUAAACGAGCACUUGGAAGUCCACUUUCAUAAGCAUUUGUUUGCCAUGUUUGAAAGCCAAGCAGACACUCUUGGGCUCUUUGUAUAGCAUUUCCCAAUUUGAUUCACCUAAGAAUAAUGAGGCUCGACCAAUUUCUUAAUAUACUAAGUCAUCUUCUUACACCGAGUCACAUGUUUUACAUCAAAUCCCAAAUACACUUAACCAUUUAUGUUGUGCUUGUAGUUUGUAUUUGUGGCUCUCAGUAAUCUUCUAAUUUUGAUUGCCCCGCUUUUAUACACAAAGAACCAGUUUAAUCUGCGCAUUUGGUUUAACAGUUUCUUUUGUUGAUUCCUAUAUUUAUUUCAUUUAUUCAAAUAGGAUCCUUGUGCAUCCGACAUUGAUGCAAUCGCAGAGCAAAUUCCUCGACAAUCAGAGGCAGCUGUAUUUUGAUAACUUUUCUGCUUUUCAGAUAGCAUCCUAAUAUCCAACAUUUAUGAGGGAUUAUGCGUUAUCAUUCAUAUACAUGUCAUUUAAUUCUGCUAAAAACUUAUCUAUGAUUUCUAGCAAAAAAAAUAUUAUCUCUAGUUACCGUUUUUGUUAUAAUUUUUAAUAUAGACAUAAAUUAGUUCUUUUGCCUCUUUGUUUUGCGUCAGAGUUGAAUUGUGCACAGGUUGGACUUUUUAUCCUCUACAAUUAAUCACUUCACUUUUAUGAGAAAUCAAGUUGUCUGAUUUGCUAAUUAUUUUAUUACCAUUAAAUUAAUUACAACACCAAAUUUUCUUAAUUACUUACUAAAAUGUGCCAUAUUAAACCUGCCAAAUUUCCUAUGCCCUAUUUGACAUCCUUGCUUAAAUGUGUGAUUUCUGGUAAGUUCGGCUUUCUUAUUUACUUGUGCCAUCAACAACCAUUGAUGUCAAUAUUUUGGUAUUUAAGACUUCAUUUUUUACAUUUCUAAAUCCGAUAGUUGACUCCGACAAUUCCGUGUUCCGGUCAUGCAAUGUUCCGUGCGUAUCAAUCUAACAAAUUGAACCUUAUCCCUUGCCGCAUUGGUAAAGAACCCAACAUAAUGUCCAAAUCUUAACAAAUUCUUGACAGGUCAGCAUGUAAGGUACAUUGUAAAAGCAUAUGAAUCAAAGUUUAAAUGUCCAUUUAAGAGAAUGCUGCCUAAUCAUGGAUUUCCCUAUCUGCCAACCUGCCCUACCAUACAAUCACAAAUGGGAAGCAAAAUCCUCUCCAUUAAGAGUAAUAAAUCCUUGGCACUAUAUAAUUCAUGCCUUAGGGGGAUUCUUGAGCUCAACAAGUCCUCCAUCUAUCUCCCUCAUUUGUUUCCCGUAACCAUGACCAGGAAGAAGGUGAAUCUUGCUUAUAUCGCGAAUGACUCCGCAAGGAAGGCCACUUUCAAAAAGAGGAAGAAGGGGCUGAUGAAGAAAGUGAGCGAACUCAGCACGCUGUGUGGGAUCGAGGCAUGUGCUAUUAUUUACAGCCCUUACGAUACCGAGCCAGAGGUGUGGCCUUCUGCCAUGGGAGCACGUCGUGCCAUUGCGAGGUUCAGGAAUAUGUCGGAGAUGGACCAGAGCAAGCGGAUGGUGAACCAACAGGCUUUCCUCAGACAAAGGAUCGGGAAAGCGGAGGAGCAGCUGAAGAAGCAGCAAAGAGACAACCGGGAGAAGGAGGUGACCCAAGCAAUGUACCAGGCCCUGACCGGGCCAGGUUUGAAUCUCCAGGGACUGAGCCUCCUGGACCUGAACGAUCUCGGCUGGGUAGUGGACGAGACUAUCAAGGAGAUCGACGCCAAAGUGAAAUCACUGGAGAAGAGCCCACCUGCACCACCUUCGAACACCAACACCACCACUACUAACACCAACAACAAAAGCAACAGUAACAAUCAAUCUUCCCAGUCGUCUCACCAGAGCUUUAUGGGUAAUACCGACCAGAAGUCAAAUGAAAAGAAUAAUGACAACAAGGCUUUGGACCAGAGCGACGAGGCCGUGAAGAGCAUCAACAAUUCCCUCGAGGUUGGUAUGGAUGGCGUGCAAAGCCAGCCAUGGUACAUGGAUUUACUGAAGCCAAGUACUGAGGGUUUGAUGGGCUUUAGCAGGUUCAAUAGCAAUAAUCACACCAAUAACAAUGACUUGGUGAUGCCUCCUCCCCCUCCUCCUCUUCCUCCAUAUCCAUGUCCAGGUCAAAAUGUUGCUUCAUGGUCAAAUUUCUUUUUCCCUUGAAAUCAAGAGAAGGAGUUGCAUUGGUGUGAGACACUAAAGGGGAAUGUAUUAUUUAGAAAUUAAUAAAAAAGAGUGUUCUUAAAGUUCCUUUCUUUCAUAGUUAAAAUAUUGUGUCAUUUAAUUAAUGUUUGUAUGAAAUUAUAUCUUUAUCAACUCAUUACGUUUUUGGAUUUGGUCA